CCGUGGCGAUAAGUACGGCUCCUUUCCGGCAUGAUAUAGGGGCUAUGGGACGGGCAGCAACCAGUGCUAACAUUUCACCAAGGUAUUGAUGCAGUCGUAGUCAACGUGUUGAGACGAAGGAAGAAAAAAGUGUAGUGACAGAGACGGCGGCGGGAAGAUGCCGUCACGGAAUGCCCUAUGGAUGUGGAUAAAGCUCCUCGGGCUGGCACUGGCGGUGCUGGACCUCGCGUUGGUUACGGCACAAUCGAACUCACCGCAAACAUGCCCACCGGGUAGCGACAUCAGCCCGUGCGUCUGCCAGGUGAAGAAGAACGGGCUGGACAUCCUGUGCGAGGCGACCGACGUACAGCACAUCACUAAGGCGAUGAGCGCGCUGAAGGGCAAGAGCCCGAUCAUCUUCUACCUGAAGCUGCGCCACAACAACUUGCCGAAGCUGCAGGGUUUCGUGUUUCUGGCGCUUGACAUUCGGCAUCUUACCAUCCACAACAGCAGUCUCGCCACCAUCGAGGAAACAUCGCUGAGCUCGCUGGGACGCGGACUUACCCAGCUGGAUGUGUCCCAAAAUCAACUGAUGAGCGUACCGUCGAGUGCUCUGAAGAAUCUCCACUAUCUGCUGAUUCUGAACCUGAACCACAACCGCAUCUCCCAGAUCCACAACCGGGCGUUCGAGGGACUCGACACGCUCGAGAUUCUCACCAUCUACGAAAACAAGCUCACACUCAUCGAACCGGACGCGUUCCGUGGAUUGGACAAAAAGCUGAAACGGUUGAAUCUGGGCGGAAAUGAUCUUACCGCCGUGCCGCAGAAGGCACUCUCGAUGCUGGAUAAUCUGCGGAAGCUCGAGCUACAGGAGAAUCGCAUCAAAACAAUCAAGGAAGGUGACUUCGAAGGUUUGGAGAAUCUGGACUCGUUGAUUUUGGCUCACAAUCAGCUUACGGAAGUACCGGCAAGGGUAUUCUUUCAUCUCACGCUGCUCAACUCACUCGAGCUGGAGGGUAACUCAAUCUCCUACAUCGCGAAGGAGGCGUUCGAAGGAUUGGAAGAAAACCUACAAUAUCUCCGCCUGGGGGACAAUAAUCUCCACAUCAUCCCGAGCGAAGCGCUGCGCCCGCUGCACCGCUUGCGACAUCUCGACCUGCGCUCGAACAACAUCUCCGUUAUUAGUGAGGACGCUUUUGUGGGUUUCGGCGAUUCGAUAACCUUUUUAAAUCUUCAGAAGAACGACAUCAAGGUCCUGCCGGCGCUGGUAUUCGAAAAUCUCAACUCCCUCGAGACGCUCAGCAUUCAGAACAACAAGCUAACGCGCAUACCGGAGGAAGUGAUGGAGCCGAUCAUGGACUCGCUGCGUGUCGUUGAUAUUAUGGACAAUCCAUUGAUCUGUUCAUGCGAACUGGUCUGGUUUCCGAACUUGCUGCGGGAGCUGAAAAACCGGGACGACGAGAUGACCCAGAAGAAGCGCCCGAUGUGCACGAUGCAGAACGAACACCGGGAGUACUACGUCCAGAACAUGCCGCUGGAACGGAUGAACUGUGUCGGCAAGAAGUACCACACGUCGUCACUCAGCGGCAACGGUACCCCGGGCAGGGAGAAGCUUCUGCCGGCGCUGGUUGCGCUCGUGACCGGAAGCGCACUGAUUGGCUACGGCAGGCUCCGCUAG